AUAGAACCAUAAUUCUUUAUAAGGACAUUAAGUUUUGAUCGCCUUGAUCAGAAAAUGUGGUGGUCAUUCGUGGAGGCUGAGAUGCCCUUUGGCUUGGAUGUUUCAAGUGGUCGUUGCUUCCAUCCGCUAUCCUGGCUCUUUAUGCAGCAAAUCAUGGCAAGUGACUGUAUUGUCGUGCUUGCGUAUCUUCAUCCACAACUCUCUCACAACAAUAGAAGCAAUUCAUGAACAGUUCACCUGCCACUCGGAUCAUGAGCGAGUAAAGCGAUGUCAUGAGAUUGAAGAGUCCAAGGGUGGUAAUGUCGCUAAAUCUGCCAGUGAUCAUCAUUGUGAUGACCGCCUGGGGGAUAUCUUCAACUAAAAUAAUCAAAAGAGGAAGCCAUGUCCAAUUUUGCGUGGGUCGAACACAGGAGAGCUGAAUCAGCUCCAACAUCCAAGUGAGGGUACCCAAACAGCAAAAGAUGCAGAGAAGCAAAGUUAACUGAUCCUCAAAACCUCCUCGGUUCUCAAAGGUGGUUUUAAAAAACCACCAAUCCGAGACCAGGUCCAAAUCAUCUGCGGUACUUGACAGCCAAAUGCUCCACUCUCUUCGUCGUAGCUCUUGUCGCUUUUCUUUGUUUUUUGGCGUAUAGAGGGGGUUCAAGGAUACAAGGCGGUAGUUUGUGGUACAGCAGCAAAGAUCGCCGCUCAUCAGAGCCCGAAAGAGAGCAGCCACAACCAUCUCGCCUUUUCUUCUUUUUAUGUCUUACCAAAUGCUCUUUCAAGUUUGUUGUGGUGCAACCGUGCACUCCAAGUCCAACAAUUUUGUGAGCUCCCGUGGGAUCAUGGUUGUCCAUUCCGAUCGAGCUGCCAUGCAAGCUCGUUGGAGCGUAACGGAACACACAAUAGAGAUCUUUCGACUCAAACGACUAAAAAAUAGAUUUCGGUUUGCUUGAUCGGAUUAAUUCGAUUCGAUUCGAUUCAUUUCCUCGAACGGGUUAUGAUGACGUCAGCUUUCCGUUUGGGACAAAAGAUCCAAGCCAGGGUUUGAAGCCGACGAUGAUCGACCAGGACUCUGGGGCCGUCAUCAAGACGAAACCUGCCCCAAGCAACAGCAUCUCCUUCGUCAAAACCUGUCUGUAUCAGUUGUUUCAUAGUUUCAUUUGAACGAUGGCUUCCAGUUUGCUUUCCCGUGCUUUUGUCCGGUCUUUCGGUGCUAUAAACGUGCCGAAUCACACGAAGACCUUUGCAACCAAGGUAUCGGCACUUUCUCUGGCGUCCAAGAAGCGGAAGGGCCGCAAAAUAUCCAUGGUUACAGCCUACGAUUAUCCAUCUGCCGUACAUUGUGCUCGGGCUGAGAUUGAUAUCAUUCUUGUGGGAGAUUCUGUGGCAAUGGUGGAACUCGGGUAUGACACUACCCAACCUGUCACCGUAGACCAAAUGAUCCAUCACUGCCAAUCCGUCAAGAGAGGCGUGGAACAGUCCAAUGCCAAUACAACCCCACUUUUAGUGGGUGACAUGCCCUUUGGUUCCUAUGAAUUUGAAGACACGGAUGUGGCUUUGAGGAAUGCCUACAAAUUUGUCAAGGAAGCAGGAGUGGAUGCGGUAAAAAUGGAGGGUGGUAGUCCAGCUCGUGCGCGGACGGCCAAGAUGGUGGUGGAUGGAGGAGUCGCCGUCAUGGGGCAUAUCGGGUUGACUCCUCAAGCCAUUAGCGUCAUUGGAGGCUUUCGUGCACAGGGAAGGACCGCUUCCAGAGCUCGCGCAUUGCUGGAUGAUGCCAUGCGACUGCAGGACGCAGGAGCCUUUUCGGUGGUCCUAGAAUGCGUGCCUGCCAAUGUCGCAGAAGCCAUUACGGAGACGCUCGAGAUUCCUACUAUUGGGAUUGGCGCAGGAGGGUACACGUCGGGUCAAGUCUUGGUGUACCACGACAUGCUCGGGAUGUUGUCGCAUCCACAUCACGAACAGUUCAUGCCAAAGUUUUGCAAGCAGUAUGCAGAGGUGGGACAUGCUAUUCAAAGUGGGCUACAAGAAUUCAAGGCCGAUGUGGAAUCAGGAACCUUCCCCAGCGACAAGUAUUCUCCUUAUGUCAUGACAGAAAAGGAACGAAUGGCAUUCGAUGCUCUCCUGAAGCAAGACGAAGACGAACGGAAACGAAAACACGACGAAGCUGCGGUCAAGAUGACUGCGGCGGACGAGUACGAGCAACUGAGCUUGUACGGACAAGACAAUUCGUCGAAGAAGUAAAUCAAGUCGACAUUCGUAUCUCGCAACAACACUGCUAAACCCAGAACCUCAAAAGAUUCACACCAAGACCCCUCACAUCACACACAUAGAACCCGCAACGACGACACGACAGCACUUGGACAA